GCGCGCCCACGCCUGUCCGUGACCGUGACCGGCCCCCGGGGCCGCGGUGUCGCGCCUGGUGCAGCCCGGAGCUGGCGGGACGCGGCCGGCGCUCGGCAGGAGCAGUUUCUACACAAAUUUGCAAUAAAAUUGGAAUUCAACCCAUUAUGGAGCUGGCUCAUAGUUUGUUACUGAAUGAGGAAGCAUUAGCUCAAAUUACAGAAGCAAAGAGACCAGUUUUUAUCUUUGAAUGGUUGAGAUUUUUGGAUAAAGUGCUGGUAGCUGCUAACAAGACAGAUGUCAAAGAAAAACAGAAGAAACUUGUAGAACAGCUAACAGGACUCAUCAGCAGUUCCCCUGGGCCACCCACACGGAAACUGCUUGCAAAAAAUCUGGCUGCUCUCUACAGCAUUGGAGACACAUUCACUGUUUUUCAGACACUUGACAAGUGUAAUGACAUCAUCAAGAGCAAAGAUGACACUGCAGCCUACCUGCCCACUAAACUGGCUGCUGUGGCAUGUGUUGGAGCAUUUUAUGAAAAAAUGGGGAGAAUGCUGGGUAGUUCUUUUCCAGAAACUGUGAAUAACCUGUUAAAGUCGCUGAAAAGUGCAGAGUCUCAGGGCCGCAGUGAAAUCCUGAUGAGUUUGCAGAAAGUCCUCAAUGGACUUGGAGGAGCAGCAGCUUCUUGUCACCGUGACAUUUAUAAGAAUGCCCGGUCCCUGCUGACGGACAGAUCGAUGGCUGUGCGCUGUGCAGUGGCUAAGUGUCUGCUGGAAUUACAGAAUGAAGCAGUGUUUAUGUGGACAGCUGAACUAGAGAACGUUGCAACGCUGUGCUUUAAAGCUCUGGAAAACUCAAACUAUGGUGUGCGAGUUGCAGUGUCAAAGCUUUUGGGGACAGUCAUGGCUACAGCACUGAUACCAAAACAAGCAACAGUGAUGCGACAAAAUGUGAAGAGAGCCACACUUGAGGAGGUCUUGGAGCUCAUGGCCACAGGAUUUCUGCGAGGGGGAUCUGGGUUCCUGAAGAGUGGUGGAGAGAUGUUAAAAGUGGGAGGAUCUGUCAAUAGGGAAGUGCGAGUUGGUGUUACUCAGGCCUACGUUGUGUUCGUUACAACGCUGGGAGGGCAGUGGCUGGAGCGCAACUUUGCCACCUUUCUGUCCCACGUGCUUGACCUGGUGUCCCAUCCUCGCGCAACCCAGACCCACGUGGAGGCUGUGUACUCUCGAAGAUGUGUGUCCUUUAUCCUGAGAGCAACUGUGGGCAGCUUGCUGGGGGAGAAAGCACAGAUUGCAGCUGCCAAGGAAAUAUGUCAAGCCAUUGGUAAACAAAUGAAGGCAGUGGAAGCAGUAGUGAAUGAUGCUAACAGUGAGAAUAAAUCAGGAGCUGCUGAUGUAGCUGCAAGUCAGCAUGUAAUGGUGUGUGCCCUCCAGGAGCUGGGUAGUCUGGUUCAGAGUCUGAAUGCCACUGCAUCUCCUCUUAUUCAAGAACCCUCUAUUGGUCUGUUGGAGACAGUAACUUCAGUUCUUCUUCACCCCAGCAUGGCUGCUCGGCUGGCUGCUGCCUGGUGCUUGCGGUGUGUCGCUGUGGCAUUGCCCUUUCAGUUGACUCCAUUUUUAGACAGAUGUGCAGAAAGACUCAACAAUCUGAAGACCUCCCCUGAAGCUGUUAGUGGCUACAGUUUUGCAAUGGCUGCUUUGUUAGGUGGUGUGCAUCAGUGUCCUCUAGGCAUUCCUCAUGCCAAAGGAAAGAUGGUGGUCAGUAUUGCUGAGGAUCUGUUACGAACUGCUGCACAGAACAGCAGGCUCUCCUUGCAGCGGACUCAAGCUGGAUGGCUUUUACUUGGAGCACUUAUGACUUUAGGUCCUUCUGUUGUCCGGUAUCAUCUGCCUAAGAUGUUGCUGCUGUGGCGAAACGUGUUCCCACGUUCUCUGAAGGAGCUGGAGGCAGAGAAGGCAAGAGGAGAUUCUUUCACCUGGCAAGUAACACUGGAAGGCCGUGCUGGAGCACUGUGUGCUAUGAGAAGCUUUGUUGCUCACUGCCCUGAGCUCCUUACUGAGGAUGUGAUCAGGAAACUGAUGACACCCAUAGAAUGUGCCAUGACAAUGAUGUCACACAUUCCAUCAGUAAUUAAAGCCCAUGGAGCUCAUCUCAAAGCCAGUGCAGCUAUGGUUCGUUUAAGACUUUAUGAUAUAUUGGCUUUAUUGCCCCCAAAGACAUAUGAAGGAUCAUUUAAUGCGCUUCUUCGAGAGCUGGUAGCGGAAUUUACUUUGACAGACAACUCUGCUAAUACAACCACAUCACUCCUAAGGUCUCUUUGUCAUUAUGAUGAUAGUGUUCUGCUCGGCUCUUGGCUGCAGGAAACAGAUCAUAAGUCAAUUGAAGAUCAGCUCCAGCCAAACAGUGCGUCUGGAAGUGGUGCUCUGGAACAUGAUCCCUCUUCCAUUUAUUUGCGCAUCCCUGCUGGUGAAGCUGUGCCUGGUCCCCUUCCUUUGGGAGUAUCUGUCAUUGAUGCAUCUGUGGCUCUCUUUGGUGUGGUUUUUCCUCAUGUCUCUUACAAACAUAGAUUACAGAUGUUGGAUCACUUUGCUGAAUGUGUCAAGCAGGCUAAAGGUGUUCGCCAGCAAGCUGUGCAGCUUAAUAUCUUUACUGCUGUUCUUAGUGCCUUGAAGGGUUUAGCUGAGAAUAAAAGCACAUUAGGACCAGAAGAAGUCCGCAAAUCUGCUUUGACGCUUGUAAUGGGUGCCCUUGAUAAUCCUAACCCUAUUCUGAGAUGUGCAGCAGGUGAAGCUCUUGGCAGAAUGGCUCAAGUGGUUGGAGAAGCCUCUUUCAUUGCUAGAAUGGCUCAGUACAGCUUUGAUAAGUUAAAAUCUGCUCGAGAUGUUGUAUCAAGAACAGGCCAUUCCUUGGCUCUGGGCUGUCUCCAUCGUUAUGUUGGUGGAAUAGGUUCUGGACAGCAUUUGAAAACUAGUGUCAGUAUUCUCUUGGCUUUGGCACAAGAUGGAACCUCUCCUGAAGUCCAGACCUGGUCUCUCCAUUCCCUUGCCUUGAUCGUGGAUUCCAGUGGACCAAUGUACCGUGGGUACGUGGAGCCGACGCUGUCGCUCGUUCUCACCCUGCUCUUGACUGUCCCACCAUCACACACAGAGGUGCAUCAGUGCCUGGGCAGGUGCCUUGGGGCUAUAAUAACCACUGUGGGGCCUGAGCUGCAAGGUAACGGAGCUACGAUUUCAACAAUCCGUUCUUCCUGUUUGGUGGGAUGUGCAAUCACACAAGACCAUUCAGACUCACUUGUUCAGGCAGCUGCUAUAUCCUGCCUUCAGCAGCUUCAUAUGUUUGCACCACGGCAUGUCAACCUAUCCAGUCUGGUUCCCAGUCUUUGUGUCCAUUUGUGCAGCUCUCACUUGCUGCUGCGCCGGGCUGCAGUGGCGUGUUUGCGGCAGCUCGCUCAGAGGGAAGCGUCAGAAGUGUGUGAAUAUGCCAUGAGCUUGGCAAAGAACGCUGGAGACAAGGAGAACAGUGCCAUCAACAUGAAUCCUUUUGCACCAGGGGCUGGCUCUCGGCGAGACGCGCACUGCCGGCAUCAGGGGGUUAAUAUAACAGAGACGGGCCUGGAGGGCGUCCUGUUCGGGAUGCUGGAUCGAGAGACCGAUCGGAAACUCUGCUCAGAUAUCCACGACACUCUGGGACACAUGCUUUCAUCUCUGGCAGUGGAAAACCUUUCUCACUGGCUCAUGCUUUGUAAGGAUGUCCUUGCAGCUUCCAGUGACAUGAGCACUGCUGCUCCCUUGGGAGGAGGGAAGGAUGAGGAGCUGGAGAAGAAGGAUGAGAUGGAUGAUGACACAAUGUUUACCACCUUGGGUGAAGAGGACAAGUCCAAGCCUUCUGUGGCACCUCGCUGGGCCACUCGCGUGUUUGCGGCAGACUGUCUGUGCCGGGUGAUCAUGCUGUGUGAGAAUGCCAACAAGGCUCACUUUGACCUGGCACUGGCUCGUUCAGCCAGACUUAAAAACCCAAAAAAUGACUUCUUGGUGCUGCAUCUCUCUGACCUUAUCCGGAUGGCAUUCAUGGCUGCCACAGACCACAGCAACCAGCUGCGCAUGGCGGGGCUUCAGGCUCUUGAGGACAUCAUCAAGAAAUUUGCAUCUGUUCCCGAGCCAGAGUUUCCAGGCCAUGUGAUACUGGAGCAGUAUCAGGCAAAUGUUGGAGCUGCUCUGAGGCCAGCUUUUUCCCAAGAUACACCAUCUGAUAUAACUGCAAAGGCCUGUCAGGUAUGUAGCGCUUGGAUAGGAAGUGAGGUUGUAAGUGACCUGAAUGAUCUCCGCCGAGUUCACAACCUUCUUGUCUCUUCCCUGGAUAAAGUGCAAGCAGGAAAGGGAUCUUCUAGCCAGCUUUACCGAGAGAGUGCAACUACUAUGGAAAAACUGGCUGUUCUCAAAGCAUGGGCUGAGGUGUAUGUCGUGGCCAUGAAAAUUAAGAAAGAAGCAGAAACCAAACCCAAGCGUGUUUCAAAGAGCACAGAGGAGGAUGAGGAUGAUUUUGGUGCCGUGGAUGAGUUGCCACCAGACAGUUUGAUAACGCUCGUACAGCCUGAACUGCCGGCACUGAGCCGGCUCUGGUUGGCUGCACUGAAAGAUUAUGCUCUUUUAACUCUACCAGCUGAGUUUGCUACCCAGCUUCCUCCAGAUGGAGGAGCAUUUUACACUCCAGAGACAAUUGACACAGCUAGACUGCAUUACCGAAACUCCUGGGCUCCCAUACUACAUGCAGUGGCACUUUGGCUGAACAGUACAGGAUUUAAUGUGUCAGAGUCAACAGAAGAGACUGCUGCAGCAAUGCCCAGUUCCCAGAAACGUGCUACAUCCAUUAUGCUAAACCAGACACCUGGGACUCCACCUACCACUAAAUCUUUGCCAGAAAUAAACAAAGAUCGAAUGCAUUUAAUUUUGGGUGUUAGUAUACAGUUUCUGUGUUCCCCAAGACCUGAAGAGCCCGUAGAGCAUGUUACAUCUUGCUUACAAGCACUGCAUACUUUAUUGGACUCCCCUUGUGCCAGGAUCCAUAUUGCAGAGGAUCAGCUCCUUGGUGUUGAACUCUUGAGUGUGCUUCACCGACUCCUCCUGACCUGGGAUCCUCCUUCAGUCCAGCUGCUGGUUACAGGAGUUGUCCAGCAGAUAGUAAGAGCAGCUCAAGAUUAUUUGCAGGAAAAAAGGAACACGCUAAAUGAAGAUGAUAAUGAAGAAAAAGAAAAUCCUCUUGCUUUAGGAGAGGGAGGUGAGAGUGGUGGUCUUGUGCCUGGAAAAUCUCUAGUCUUUGCAGCCAUGGAGUUGCUGAUGUUCAUCCUAGUACGACACAUGCCCCACCUGAGUUCAAAAGUGUCGGAUUCUCCGAGUCACGUUGCUGCCAAAUCCCACCUCUCUGAGGAAAGCGCUCGUCUUGUGGCUGCCACCGUUAAUAUUCUGUCUGACCUGCCUUCCCUGUGUUCUCCAGCAGGGUGUAUGACAAUCUUACCCACUAUCCUAUUUCUGAUAACAAGGGUAUUGAAAGAAACAGCAGUAAAGUCAGCAGAUAAUCAGGUCCCACCUCCAGUCACUGCAGCUCUUCAAGGCAUAAAAACUAUUGUUACUCUUCCAACAGUCAAGACUGAUGAAACUCAGAAACAAUGGACAGGUCUUAUCCGCAGCACUCUGGCGUCUAUCUUGGAAGACUCUCAGCCUGAAGCCUCUAAACCUAUUCUUGAUGAAGUAAGCAUACUUACAGCUAUUGCUCUCUUCCUCUUGUCAGCAAGCAAUGAAAUAAUUGGAGUGCAAUCUUUACAAAAUGGAUGUAUGAACAGAUUUAGAAGUGCAUUGAAUUCUUCUGAUCCUUGGGUUCAAGCCAAGUGUUACCAACUUCUGCUUUCUGUGUUCCAACACACCAAUCGUGCCCUGUCCACUCCAUAUAUUCAUUCACUGGCCCCUAUCAUGGUUGAGAAGUUGAAGGCUGUGGAAAGGAGCCGCCCGAACAACAAUCUGGAGCUUUUAGCAGUCCAGGAAGGAAUUAAAGUCCUUGAAACAUUGGUUGCCCUUGGUGAGGAGCAGAAUAGAGUACAGUUGCUUGCCCUUCUCGUUCCCACUCUGAUCUCCUAUUUACUGAAUGAAAAUGCCUUUGCUUCUGCAUCUACAGCAUCCAAGGGUCUUCAUGAGUUUGCACUUCAGAACCUAAUGCACAUUGGUCCACUUUACCCCCAUGCUUUCAAGACAGUCAUGGGAGCUGCUCCUGAAUUGAAAACACGUCUAGAAACUGCAGUCCGAGCAAGUCAGGCCAGCAAAGCAAAAGCAGCUGCUAGGCAACCACCACCCACAGUACAUUCCACCCCGACAAUUAAACUGAAAACUAGCUUUUUUUGAAUUACUUUUAUUAUUUUUGGACCAUUAAGUAGUCAGAAGCAUUACAUUAUCCCUGCAUACAUGUCUAAUUUCAUGUAAUUUGUGUGUGAAAGGCUGUCUAAUGGAGCUUUGUGUAAUUACUUGAAAUCCAUGCAUUACGAGGGAAGUGGUGUUACUUGUAUUUGUAUAGAUUUUUAGGAAAUUGUGAUCAUAUUUAUGAAUUUCUGUUAUAAAUUAUCCACCAAAAUUAUUCUGUAUCUAAAUAGUUUUAUUUAUUUUUAAAAGCUAUCUUAAACCCUCCAGUGGUUUUUGAAAUCUGGUGAUUGUUAUCCCACCAUUGUGCCAACACACCAACACAGUGGGGAUGGAGAGAAGAGGAGAAACUGUUAUGAAGUACUUACCCUGUACCAUGGGGAAUUUCUAGUGUAGAAGUACGAAUUUUUUCCUUUUAUUUUAAAAAAUAAUAGGGAAAGGGACUUCGUAGAUUGUUUCAGCUUGCAUGAAAAAAAAACCAAAAUCCCACGACAAAAUAAUUGAAGAUUUUCAGCCUUUCUUAAGGUGAAUGAUCAAGCAUGCUGUCUUAAUGAGUUGUCCUUAUUUAUGUGGUGUAUAUCUCUUUCAAAUCCGUUUCCAUGCUUGAAAAUGAAUAAAGGAUGUAAAGAAUCUAA